CUUCAGCCCUAAAAAAAAUCUCAGCCCCUCUAAUCCAACCCAUACCAAAGCAAGAAUUCCUUCCUCUACAUAUCCAUCAAGACUUCUGCCUAUUAUAUGAAAAUCCAGUGAAGAAAGUAAUAUUGGACUUUACUGAAAGUAUGCCUCCAUCGCCAAGUGGAACCCCUAAAAAAGAAAUAUCCCAAAUUAAUGAUAUAAAUAAAGAAAAUAUAUGUUACCUCUUCCAAGGGCACCACGUUUCAAAUCAGUUCAAUAAGUAUCCACUAGAAACAGCUUGUGCUGUUCAAAAAGGAGAUGGAGUGAUCCCACUGAAGUCUCCACAACAAGGUUCUCCCUUCAAAUCUGCCAUGUCCACUAGAUCAUUUUAUAAUAGAGAUAAAUGGUACUUGAACCCACUGGAGAGGAAGCUUAUCAAAGAGAGCAGAUCUCUUUGUCAGAAAAAUGAUUGGGGAUAUAACAACCCGCUGUCCACCUUGACAGAAAAAAAAAAGCAUCAAAAGGUAUUCAAGAAGACAAACUCAAAAGUAAAAAGGAAUUCAACUCCUAAAUAUCAUGGAAGUUAUAAGGGCAUUAAAACUAUGACAAGGAACAAUGUAAAACCCCAGCAAAACAGAGUGAUUUUUAAACCAACCACUGGGCAAGAGGAUAACAAUCAUGAACUUGACAAGAGUUUGGCCCCAGCUCCUCGAGUACUGAGUCUAAAAGUUAAGCCUCAAGUGACUCUCCAGAGUGGGGCGGCAUUUUUUGUAGCUGGGAAAAAAUCCCACUCUUUAAUCAAAAAAGUGAUUUUGGAUGGUCAAACAACAUCUGAACUCAAGGCAAAUAAGUUUAAACCAAUAGUGAUGAUGAAUCCUGGUUUGCCUGCUAUUAAUGAAAAAGAAACCUUUGAAAGUCCAAAAAAUAAAGUUAUUUCUUCUAAGAAAUGGAAGCUUGUUGAGAAAUCUUUUUCUUUAAAAGAGUCUCAUAGUGAGAAUAGUAAGAAAGAGUCACCUGAGUCUGUUACUUAUCCCAUCUUUAGUACAACUUCAAUCAACCAUAAAAGUUCUUUAGCUUUUCUAGAAGAACCAUCAUCUUUAGGAUCUGGCACAACCAUGAAUGAGUCUUCAAUUGUCUUAAAAGAGCUCCAAGCACAGAAGACUAACAAAAACACCAGAGAAUUAAACAAACAGCUGAAAGACCAGUUCAUUAUUGAUGCAGGUCAGAAGCAUUUUGGUGCCAUUGUAUGCAAGUCCUGUGGCAUGUAUACAGCAGCCAGCCCUGAGGAUGAAGAACAACAUGCCCACUGUCACCAGAGAUUCCUGGAAGGGGUUAAAUAUGUGGGCUGGAAGAAAGAACAUAUUGUGGCAGAGUUUUGGGAUGGCAAAAUUAUAUUGGUACUUCCUGGUGACCCAAAGUAUGCCAUUCGAAAGGCAGAAGAUGUCUGUGAACUUGUAGAUAAUGAAUUGGGAUUUAAGCAAGUUAUCCCAAACUGUCCAAGCAAAAUUAAAACCUUCCUCUACAUAUCUGAUGAAAAGAAAGUAAUUGGAUGCUUAAUUGCUGAAAAAAUCAAACAGGCCUUCCGAGUCCUCUCUGAACCAUCUAGUCCAGACUCUCCAAACCAUCAAAUGUUUGACAACCAACGAGACUGGCAAUGUUCAAGUACCCCAGAACCAGCACUCUGUGACAUCAGUAGGAUCUGGGUCUUUAGCCUGAUGAGAAGAAAGGGCAUUGCCCGUCGCCUAGUGGAUACUGUCAGGAAUUGGUUCAUGUUUGGCUGCUUUUUGAGUACAAAUGAAAUAGCAUUUUCUGACCCAACACCAGAUGGCAAAGCAUUUGCGACCAAGUACUGCAACACACCCAACUUCCUUGUAUACAAUUUUAUUAGUUAACCUAUUUAGGUGUGCCCAUAAAUAUUCAAGCCUACUUAGCAGUUUUAUGUUUAUUAAAUUGGUUAAUCAGAAAAAAAA